AGGCAGGUUGGGGUGAGAGUCGGGAGCAUAUAAAAGCCAGCAGCGGGCGGACUAGUCGGUCGGUACUGCAGAGCCGCUGCUGGAGUUUCGUUUUAAAGGGCCCGCGCGCCACCGCCCCCUCGGCCCGCCAUGCUGCUGCCUGUGCCGCUCCUGCUCGGCCUCCUCGGCCUGGCCGCUGCCGAGCCUGCCGUCUAUUUCAAGGAGCAGUUCCUGGACGGAGAUGAUUGGACCAACCGCUGGGUCGAAUCCAAACACAAGUCCGAUUUUGGUAAAUUUGUCCUCAGUUCCGGCAAGUUCUACGGGGACCAGGAGAAGGAUAAAGGGCUGCAGACAAGCCAGGAUGCCCGCUUUUACGCCCUGUCUGCCAGAUUCGAGCCCUUCAGCAACAAGGGCCAAACGCUGGUGGUGCAGUUCACGGUGAAGCAUGAGCAGAAUAUCGACUGUGGGGGCGGAUACGUGAAGCUGUUUCCGGGUAGUUUGGACCAGAAGGACAUGCACGGAGACUCGGAAUACAACAUCAUGUUUGGUCCUGACAUCUGCGGUCCUGGCACUAAGAAGGUUCAUGUUAUCUUCAACUACAAAGGCAAGAAUGUGCUGAUCAACAAGGACAUCCGGUGUAAGGAUGAUGAAUUCACACAUCUGUACACGCUGAUUGUGCGGCCAGAUAACACCUAUGAGGUGAAAAUUGACAACAGCCAGGUGGAGUCAGGCUCUUUGGAAGACGAUUGGGACUUCUUGCCGCCCAAGAAGAUAAAGGAUCCUGAUGCUGCUAAGCCAGAAGACUGGGAUGAGCGUGCCAAAAUUGACGACCCCACAGACUCCAAACCUGAGGACUGGGACAAGCCUGAACACAUCCCUGACCCUGAUGCUAAGAAACCUGAGGACUGGGAUGAAGAGAUGGAUGGAGAAUGGGAACCACCAGUGAUUCAGAAUCCUGAGUACAAAGGCGAGUGGAAGCCACGGCAGAUUGACAACCCAGAUUACAAAGGUACCUGGAUCCACCCAGAAAUCGACAACCCUGAAUACUCUCCAGAUGCCAACAUCUAUGCCUAUGAUAACUUUGCUGUGCUGGGCCUAGAUCUCUGGCAGGUCAAGUCCGGCACCAUCUUUGACAACUUCCUCAUUACCAAUGAUGAGGCGUAUGCAGAGGAGUUCGGCAAUGAGACAUGGGGAGCCACCAAGACUUCCGAGAAGCAGAUGAAGGACAGACAGGAUGAGGAACAGAGGCUUAAGGAGGAAGAGGAAGACAAGAAGCACAAGGAGGAGGAAGAGGCCGAGGACAAGGAGGACGAGGAGGACAGGGACGAGGAGGACGAGGAGGAGGACGAGGAAGAUGCCACUAGCCAGCCUAAGGACGAACUGUAGAGGCCACAGCACCCGACUCCAGGGCUGGAUGGACUGAGGCCUGAGCGCCCUGCCACAGAGCCGGCUGUUCCCAAUAAUGUCUCUAUGAGACUAAGAACUUUUUUUCCUGGGCAGGUUGAGAUUUGGGGUGGGUUUAGGUUUUGUCUCCUGACUUCCCCUCUCCCCCGUUUUCUUUUUGUACUGGUGUUUUGUCUUCAUUUCUCCUUCAGUCCUCCCCCCUCUGGCUUCUCAUUUUUGGAUCAACAUCUUUCCCUGUUGUCCCCUUCUCUUGUCCAACCCCUAGUUCCUACCCUCCAACUCCAGGAACAAGGUGUGGAGAAGCCCUGGGCUUGAGAUUCCAUUUGCUUUCCUUUCCUGGAUCCCAGAGGAGGGCAGGAGAAAGGGGUGGUGUCUUGGGCCCCCCAGCACUGAGGAAGAAUAGGGCUCUUAUCCCAUUUCUCCCCUGCCCCCAGGACUGGGACACUAGUAUGGGGCAGUGGGUUUCCGCUUAGCUCACACUGAAGAGUGUAAGAACUACAAACAAAAUUUCUAUUAAAUUAAGUUUUGUGUCUUC